AUGAGGAGGGCAGUCACCGCUCUGGCUGCUCCGGGUAGGACGCUUUCCACACAGGCUACGCGCCCAACGGCUCAGCAAAGUUGGAGCAGCCGCAUCCUUGAAGCGAAACGGGCUGCCGUGGAGCAGGGAGCCGGGGCAAAUGCUGGCAAAGACCUGCUGGACAAGCUGUGUGCCUCAGAGGCUGCCUCAGAGCUGCUGAAAGCUCCAGACGUCCGGCAUGCUGUGUUCGUGGCCAAUCCUAAACCCUCAAUUGAUCUAUGUGUGCAAUUGCUGCCUCACGCAACCCGAAGCGACUAUUGGACCUGUUUGCGGACCGCACUUUAUCGUCACAAGUUUGUCGAGUCGUUCAAAAUUAUUGACAUAUAUCCAGAGUCUCUACAGCUAUCCGUGGUACCUUUUGCAAUCGGCCUCGCGUCCUGUACGCCGUGGCUGCCUACUCUGGUAGCCCCCAUUGUUGCUGGGUGCUGGAUCGGGCUGGCCGCGGCUGCGUUCAGCGAUGCAAACCUCACCCACGUACGCUGGAAGCCUAACGUCAAGUGGAAAUACCGCUUAUUGAACGGAACCCAACUAAGAAUGGCAAACACGCUCGUGGAACACUACGAAGAACUUCCUCGAGCCCCGAAUCGAGGUUUUGCUGCCAGGUUCGGCGCUGUAUCGUGA